AGGUAGCAGUUUUGGCUUAUAUCUUGGGUGUGUGUUUCUUUUUUUUGGUUGUAAAAAAAUGAGCAAUCCACGAGUCUUCUUUGAUAUUGAAAUUGGCGGUCGUCCUGCCGGGCGCAUUGAGAUGGAACUCUAUGCGGAUUCGGUGCCCAAGACGGCCGAGAACUUCCGCGCCCUUUGCACUGGGGAGAAGGGCAAAGGACGUUCUGGGAAGCCCCUUCACUACAAGGGCAGCGCGCUACUUGCCAGCUCUCAGUUAGUGGAAGCUACCUGGCUCAACUUGCAUCGUGUAGGGCCACCUCUCAGGUUUCAUCGCGUGAUCCCUGGUUUCAUGUGUCAAGGUGGUGACUUUACCAAGGGCAAUGGCACGGGCGGUGAGUCCAUUUAUGGUGAGAAGUUCCGUGAUGAGAACUUCAAGCACAAGCACACCGGUCCCGGCAUCCUCUCCAUGGCCAAUGCAGGGCCAAACACGAAUGGCUCUCAGUUCUUCUUGUGCACUGUAGCAACACCCCACUUGAACGGAAAGCAUGUGGUCUUUGGCAAGGUGGUUGAAGGGAUGAAUGUAGUCGACUUGGUCGAGAAGGAAGGUUCCAGUAGCGGCAAGACGAAGCGCCCAGUGGUGAUUGAGAACUGCGGUGAGAUUGGUGGCGGCAGUGGCAAGGCUCGCGAGCGUAGCCCCCGCCGUUGAGGUUGUGAGGUUGUUGUUCUGUUGGGACAGCUGCGUUUCGCGGCAGAAGUGUGGCACCCAAAA